AUGCCUAUACAGAUUAUGCAUUCAUUUCAAGGCAAUCAGGAUGUCCGUGACCAUACACGCAUCGCUCUGGAGGCCCAAAUCUAUACACACGAGAAUGCCAUUAUCGAGCUCAAGAGCCGUAUCAACGGGAUGGCGUUUACGGCGCGCCUUCCCCCCGAAAUUCUCUCGGAGAUCUUCACGUUGGUCGCAGUCGACUACUACCAGGCGAAACGGUGGCACCACUUUGGCUCUACGCACGCCUACAAGUGGAUCACGCUGACGCAUGUCUGUCGCGCUUGGCGAGAGAUCGCUCUCGAUACACCGAGGCUGUGGAGCCAUAUUGUUCUGACACAACCAGCGGUGGCGAAACAGGUCCUCGCCCGGUCGAAGAAAGCUCCUCUUUGGCUCUCAGCCAGUCUCAAUCACUCAGAUGAUCAACGCGCGGAGACCAUGGACGUUCUGAUGAAGGAGUCGGGUCGGCUCAAGGAACUGCAUCUUACCGGUCCCGCACAUACUGUCCAAGCACUCUCUGCCAAGUGGAGGAUGAGUGCCGACCUCUUGGAGACAAUCAACAUCAGCUCUGACUUCAGGCAGUUCGAUCCCGCCUCCCUUCUUCCCGCCCCACCCCUUUCCUCCGAUAUCUUCUCCGGACAAACACCAAAGCUCCGCCACUUGCAGAUACACCGAAUCGCUGUCGAUUGGAGCAACCCUCUCUUUUGCAACACCCUCAAGACCCUGAUUAUCCACACCGUGUACGACAAUGCACCCAGUCUCGGCGAGUUCUCCCAACUUCUCGACGCGCUCGAGGCGAUGCCGCAGCUAGAGAGGCUGCAACUUAACGAGUCGAUCCCUCGCCUGCCCGACGAUACUACGCAACUAUCGCACCAUGUACAACGUACCAUCUCCCUCCAGCAUCUUCGCCAUAUCGAGCUAUUUUCCGACGCUAUCGACUCAGCCAACCUCUUGCGCCAUAUCUCUGCUCCUGCUGAAUUACGCCUGACUGUGAGCGGCCGCACCGAGCGAGGCGUCACAGAUCUCGUGCAUAUCUUUAGCGAAUGUCUUGGCCGUUCCACGCCAUUCCGCACAGCGCGGUUAGCACCGCUAUACUCUUCCCAGGUCUCCAUGAAACUGUGGCGCUCCUACGUGGAUUCUAUCGAAGGCGGGAACGUCGUGCCACCGUCGGACGCGGAGCUCACCCUGGACGCAUACCCGCAUUCGCGCGCGCUACAAGCGCUCAUCCAACUGUCGACAUUCUUCACCCAGAUCUACCGCUUCGAGGUACAGCUCGAGGCGCAUCGCAGUUGGGACUGGGAGAUGAUUUUCGGGCGCAUGCCACAAGUUCGAGUGCUCUCAGUCACGGGCCAGGGCGACCUCGGCUUCCUCCCGGCGCUCGCGACUCUCCGCUACGACGACGAUGCUGACGCCCAAGCACAAAUUGACGGGAACGAGAAGCCCCCCCUCCGACAUCUUCACACGCUCGAGCUCAGUGGCGUGCGCUUCGGAUGCGGGCACUCCGACCACCAGUCGCACUUCCUGGAGGCGCUGCUCGACUGGCUUAUCCUGCGCUGCAACUACGGCGUCCCGAUCUUGCGGCUCGUGCUGCGCGCGUGCAUAAACGUGGAGGGCGACGCCAUCGAGCGCUUGCAGGAGGUGGUCCCUGACAUCGAGUGGGAUGAGCGCGAGUACCUCGAGGAAGAAGGUUACCUGGAAGGGAUGUUCGAGCCCGUCGCGCCGUGGCCGGGGGAGCAGCUCUUCUAUGCCCCGGAGGUCCCGGACGUCCUAGGCCACCUGUACCACCAUAACUUGAACGACGACCCCUAUGGCCUCGACUUCUAUAUGCCAGUGAUACCGUUUGGACAUUGA